UUACUGUGCUCUGAAGGAGUUGAAUGAUGAAGAACGAAAAAUAAAAAAUGUACAUAUGAGAGGUUUGGACAAAGAAACCUGUUUGAUCCCAGCUGUGCAGGAGCCAAAGUUUCCCCAGAACUACAACCUUGUAACAGAGAACCUUGCACUGACAGAGUAUACCUUGUACUUGGGAUUUCACAGGUUGCAUGAUCAGAUGGUAAAAAUCAACCAAAAUCUGCAUCGGCUACAGGUUGCCUGGAGGGAUGCUCAGCAGAGUUCUAGCCCUGCUGCUGACAACCUCCGUAAACAGUUUGAACGACUGAUGACCAUCUAUCUUUCAACCAAGACUGCCAUGACUGAGCCACAGAUGCUACAAAACUGCCUAAAUUUGCAGGUGUCCAUGGCUGUUCUGCUGGUUCAACUGGCCAUAGGCAAUGAGGGCUCACAGCCAAUAGAGCUAACUUUUCCUUUGCCAGAUGGCUACAGCUCUUUGGCUUAUGUGCCAGAAUUUUUUGCAGAUAACCUCGGUGAUUUCCUCAUUUUUCUCCGCCGCUUUGCCGAUGACAUCUUGGAGACAUCAGCAGAUUCCUUGGAGCAUGUCCUUCACUUUAUCACCAUUUUCACUGGGAGCAUAGAAAGAAUGAAGAAUCCUCACUUAAGGGCUAAACUAGCUGAGGUAUUGGAAGCAGUGAUGCCCCACCUGGAUCAGACCCCAAAUCCCUUGGUAUCCAGUGUGUUCCACCGGAAGCGUGUGUUCUGCAACUUUCCACAUGCACCCCAACUUGCAGAAGCUCUAAUCAAGGUUUUUGUGGACAUCGAGUUUACAGGAGACCCCCAUCAAUUUGAACAGAAGUUUAAUUACCGCCGUCCCAUGUAUCCCAUCCUAAGAUACAUGUGGGGAACAGAUACGUAUCGGGAGAGCAUUAAGGAUUUGGCUGACUAUGCCUCUAAGAAUUUAGAAGCUAUGAACCCUCCACUUUUCCUCCGCUUUCUUAACCUGCUAAUGAAUGAUGCCAUCUUCCUUUUGGAUGAAGCUAUUCAGUAUUUGAGCAAGAUAAAGAUCCAGCAGAUUGAGAAGGACCGAGGUGAAUGGGAUAGUCUGACCCCAGAAGCCCGCCGAGAGAAAGAGGCUGGCCUGCAGAUGUUUGGGCAGUUGGCACGUUUUCAUAACAUCAUGUCCAAUGAAACAAUUGGUACACUUGCCUUCCUAACAUCAGAAAUCAAAUCACUUUUCGUGCAUCCUUUUCUGGCCGAGCGCAUCAUCUCUAUGCUGAACUACUUCCUGCAGCACCUGGUUGGGCCCAAGAUGGGUGCCUUAAAAGUCAAGGACUUCAGCGAAUUUGACUUCAAACCCCAGCAGCUUGUAUCAGAUAUCUGCACUAUCUACUUAAAUCUUGGGGAUGAGGAGAAUUUCUGUGCCACUGUGCCCAAGGAUGGACGUUCCUAUUCCCCAACUCUCUUUGCACAGACAGUUCGAGUCCUAAAGAAAAUAAAUAAGCCUGGGAAUAUGAUUGUGGCUUUUAGUAAUCUGGCAGAGAAAAUCAAGUCUCUUGCAGACCUCCAACAACAAGAAGAGGAGACCUAUGCAGAUGCCUGUGAUGAGUUCCUGGAUCCUAUCAUGAGCACACUGAUGUCUGACCCUGUGGUGCUGCCGUCUUCCAGAGUCACUGUGGAUAGGUCCACCAUUGCCAGACAUUUGCUCAGUGACCAAACAGAUCCUUUUAACCGAAGUCCCCUCACCAUGGACCAGAUCCGGCCAAACACUGAACUAAAAGAAAAAAUCCAACGGUGGCUUGCAGAGAGGAAACAACAGCAAAAGGAGCAACUUGAAUAAAUACUGUGAACUAAGCAAACCAAAAACCAACCCCAGAGUGUAGAUAAACAAUUGGUUUCUUUUUUUCUAGUUCUGUUCCUUUCCUUUUUCUUUCUUUCUUUCCUCCUUUUCUUUUUUCUUUUUUUUUUUUCAUCUUCUUUAUUAAAUUUGAGAACUGCUUUUGCUCAAAUUAUGAUAAUUAAGAUUUCUGAGAAUUUGUCAAUGCUCCCCUGGCUUGCAGGAAAUUAUACUUCUUAUAAUCAACCAGUGAUUAUAAAUCACUAAUUUUCAGCCUUUUUUCCUCUAUUCCUAUUUUCCUACCUUAUUAGUUCAACUGCUAAAACUUCCCUCCACUUUACUAUUUUUCUCCCCAAGUACUGUCCAGACAUUUUUAGUGAGCAGUACUUUUUAAGUCUACAGUGUCACGUAUUUCAUUGUCAGUUGAUAUAACCAGAAAAUCCUGCAUUAUCCUGCAAAUUUACUAGUCCUCAUGAUCUGGACUUAAGCCCUUAUACUUGUUAUAGCUCUAUGAUGUUACAAAACAACGUUUCACAUAAAAGCAGAUACCUUGAUGUUCGUGUUGACUUUUGAAUAAGAUGAUAGAUUUUUUUUUUUAAAGGAAUCUUCUGCAACUUCUGUUGAUAGCUCUUAAUUUUGUGUUAUCUUGUAACUCAAGAUAUUAUCACAAACACACACUCUCUCACGGGGUUGUCACCACCAAAACUUCAGCCCUGCAGCCUUUUUAUGAGGAUUAGUGAUUGGGCAAACUUGCAUUUUAGACACUUAAGUCAAAAAAUUAUGGGGUGAAGGGAUUAAUAAACUGUCAGACCUUUUUUCUCUUAUAAGAAUCUAUUGUUACAAAGACUAGACCUGAAUAGAAGUUAGGCAACAAAUAUUGUAAACAUGAAAAACAUCAUAUAAGACACUAAUAUCAACAGUAUAUCUCAUACAUACAUACAUACCAUGUACUUUUUUAUAUUGGUAUAAUAUAAAUUGAGUGCCACUUUCUGUUGUCUCUUCCACAGUAAGAUAUAUGCAGUGUGUGGCCAUGUUUACUCAGAUACUCAUUCUAGACAGGUGAAAUUCUGAGACUAUAAAAUGUAUAUAUUUAAUGUUUGUUUGGGCUUGUGGCCUGGCCUCUAAGAGCUGCUUCUAACAUAGCCUUGGGUCAUCAAUUAAUAAAGUAGGAAUUUGAGCAAAACCUUGUCCACAAGCCAUUUAGUAUCCACUUAGCCCCAAGUAGUUAGUAAGUGGAAGUACCCCACUUUUACAAGUUGGGCCUGAGUUCCCUACUUAAUUGUGUAGCUUAACAUGCGAGUGAGGGACAUUCCCCUAUGGAUUGUCUUUAUAUUAGUAUUCAUCUAAGCCCAGAGAUAUAUAAGGGAAAAGUGAUACAAUUUAGAAAUAGGGAUCAUUGCUUUCUUUAGAGGACAUCAUUGUUAAUUACGGCUUCUUUCAAAUAUGAUAGUAGUUUUACAAUAUUCUAGCACAAGUUGCUAUAAGGAGUCCUUGAUGUGUUUUUGAUAAUCAACUGAAAAACUCAAAUCAGAUUGGGCCUAACCCAUGAUAGAAAAUAGAUGUCUGUUGCUGCACUUAUAAAUGAAAAGGAAAUCUGGAACACCUGCAAAAUGCCAGAAUGUAAGAUUAAUUCAUUGUGUUCCCCAGGCCUUUUAAGGUGUGGGUUGAUAGGACUUAUAAAGUCAGUUUCAUUUCAUAUUUAUUUUCCUUAUUUUUUUUCUCUGAGAGUGACCUGUGUAUAAAAUAAACUUCUAUGUAUAUGUACUUGCAUUAUCUUCCAAAUCCAAUCUAAUAGGAUGUUUUCAUUUUAAGAAGAAGGAAAAAACAGUUUUGUAGAAUAAAGAGGAAAAUGGGCACAAAACCUUAGAAGGCAGCUGUUUGCAGAAGCUUUCUAGCCAACAACCUCUAUGCUGCCUCCAGUAUCUGUUUUGUACUUUGCCUUCAGAUUGUACGCCUUUUCUGGCAAGCUUUUUUUUUUUUUUUUUUUUUUGUAAUAUAUAAAACUCUUUUCCUGAGCCUCUUUAUGAAUGGCUGUGGCACCAUUAAUGCUGCUGAAUAUCUUUAAACUUAUCACAAAAGCAAAGUGUGUAGCUUAAGGACACUGUUGGUAAGGAAACCAAGUGUCCUCUGUGCCUUCUUUCUUUCUGUGAAGUAACUUAGGGUGUCAAAAAAAUUGAGACAUUAAAUAAGUUAUCAUCUUGGUACAACAUGGUGCAUAUAUGCAUUUGGAUAUGUAAGGAGGUGCUUUGUCCGGAACUCAGCAGCAGCUCUAAAUCUUUAAGAGUAGAUAUGUGACAUACAUAGUUUUAUGUUGGCUUUGCUGGAGUAUGAUAGGAAAAUGAAGACUCUAAUCAGCUCUGGUAUUGCUCAUAACUUACCAAGAGGCUAAUUCUAUGGAAAAUUAUUUAAAUAGGCUUUAUCAAGCAGGUUUUUUUUUUAGUAUAGUUUUUAAUAUGUGAAAGCUGAAGGAAAUUAGAGGUAUUUUAAUGGUGCAGGUGAAGGCACCUGUUGCUGUUUGGGAUCACACUCUACAAAAACGUCAUGACUUUAUUUGAUGCUGGUUUCUAAGCAGCCAUUAUACGGGGUAUAAGUCUACUGGGUGCCUUUACAAGCCAGAGGCUGAUGCUGCACUGUUGUCAUGCAAGGAAAUAAUGUACAUGCUCUAACAGCAAAACAGGAAAGGAACCUAGAAACAAAAUGAAGAGCAAAACAUCAAAAUGGUUGACUAAAGUAAAACUUGAUCAACAUAACUAUUUUGAAACAUUCCAGGAAGGUUACUUCUUGUCAUACUUGCCUGGGGGUGUUUGUUCAAACUUGUAUUUAAUAAAUGAACACCUGACUUACAA